CAGACACUUUUCUGCUCCCCAAAAUAAAUUCUCCCUCUCCGUCUCAGCGUCUUUGCACGGAAAUCGAGAGCGAAUAAAAACAAACCAGGCAGGAGGCUAUAAUAGGAUUAAAAACAAAAACAUAUAAGGGGUUUCCGUUUCACCCCCUUUCCCACUCUUUCUCUCCCUCUUUCAAUUUCUUUCCCUCCAAACGCCAUUUCUCCGUUUUCUUUCUUCUUCUUUUUUUUUAUCCGUUAAAGUUUUAUUCGAAUUCUCUUUCUUUUCCGGCUCCGGUGAUCUCAUUAUUUUCCUGCUACUUCCACGGAAUAUUGGUUCUUCCCGGGAAAACUGGUUUUUCCCGGGAACAUUUCGCCUCAAUUUCCUCCUCUUCUCCGCAUCGGAUUUUUCAAAGCCCAGGAAUUUAGGGGCGAUUGAGGAACGAAAGGAAUUGCUAACUGAAAAGAUCUGUAGAUUCGAUAGAGAGGAGAAAUUGAGAGUUUCAAAGGAAAAGGCUCUCACUUUGAUUUUUAUGUGAAUUUGGGAUUGUUUUUGCGUGAAAGUAUUUGAUUUUGAAUGAUACUUGGUCUAUGGAUUUGCAAGUACUUUCUGCCCAGGCUUCACCAUCGAGGGAUUUGGUGAAGUGUUGUAUUUGUGGCUGCAGUUGUUCUUUAAUUGCCGGUUCAUCUUCAGAGUCUUGGAUCAGGUCUGUCAAAAGAAAAUACGAUGAGUUUGAGGAGGGAAAUCGGUUUUUUAUACCCGGGUUUGAUUUCUUCUCGAAUCCACGAAUACAAAUUGAGAAUGAAUGUUCUGCGCUACGUGAGAUGGUUUCUAGCCAACAGCACACUAUGCAGGAUUUGUACACGGAAUUGGAAGAGGAAAGGAACGCUGCUUCUUCAGCUGCAAAUGAAGCCAUGUCAAUGAUACUGAGGUUGCAGAGGGAGAAGGCGGAGAUCCAAAUGGAGGCAAGGCAAUUUAAACGUUUUGCCGAGGAGAAGAUGGGGCAUGAUCAGCAGGAGUUUUUGGCUUUAGAGGAUGUUUUGUAUAAGAGAGAGCAGGCUAUUCAAUCAUUUACUUGUGAAAUUCAGGCUUAUAAGCAUAGGAUGAUGAGUUAUGGCCUUACAGAGGCAGAGGCAGUGGGUGAGAGGGGUGGGUUUAGCCGCAACACAAGCAUGAAUGAAAAUUUGGAUGCUGGCCAAUUCGAGUUUCCACCUUAUGAUUACCCACCCCUGAAAUGCAAUUUGAAUGAUAAUCCAAAUCCUUUGGAGGGUGAAGAUGACAUUGUGAAUGUUGAGAAAUAUGCAUUUGGCGAGACCCCUCAUGGUCGUGAGAAUUUGAAGAAUUUAGAAUAUAGGAUCUAUCAGAUGGAGAGAAGUCCUCGUAGCAUUCAACAAGAUGGUGCUUUUUCUGGUACAAAGAAUAUUCUCGAGAAGGUGGUUGUUGACCACUCUCCUAGGAGGUCAAGGCACAGCAGAAGAUUCUCCGGAGAUAGUUCAAGUUCAUUGAUUGGGAUGUCUAGAGAAUUGGGUCCAGAUUUUGCCACUGAAUCUCCAAGAUCCAAGUUAAGCAAUAGCUUUAAGAAAACGGACUGUGCUUCACAAGCGGAAGAUUACACAAAUUCGAGAAAGAGGGAUAAUGAAGCAGACUUUGGAGAUGACAUGAGUGACAGAGUUUACACCAUUGAUUCUAUACAUAACGGGGUCUCACAGAAUGGUGUUAUAGAACCAAAAGCUGGAAUUGGGAUUUAUGAAGAGCAUCUCUCAACUCCAAGAGAGACAUUGACACGGCCUGAUAUUAGUGAUCCUGAUAUAAAAAAGCUCUACUUGAGACUUCAGUCACUUGAGGCUGACAGGGAAUCUAUGAGGCAAGCACUUAUUUCAAUGCGAACUGAUAAAGCACAAAUGGUAUUGUUGAAAGAAAUAGCUCAACAUCUAUGCAAGGAAAUGUCUCCAGAAAGAAAAAUGCCUGCGAGGAAGCCAUUUCUUCUUGGAAGCUUUUCCUUCACGUCAAUCUUUAAGUGGGUUGUGUCCAUCGUUUUAUGGAGAAAGAAAGCUCAGCGAAGCAAGUACUUGUUUGGACUUUCAGCCGCUGAUGUUGGCUUGCUAAUUCUUCUAGACAAAGGCUCCCGCACAAGGCAAUGGAGAUGUCUCAUGAGCACACAAGUGUGAAACCAUCAGUCAAAUUCCCAGUAUCUAUUUGAAGCCAAUGCUCAUAUUGUGAACAUGAAAUGGAUUUUGACCACAUUGUUACCCUGAUUUGUCGUGUUCUUUUAAUAGAAUCCUUCUGCAAAUUUCAGUGUUUCGUGCAGCGUUCUUUGAUUUCAUUUUAUCUGGAUUGAAUAUAUCUUGCUGGGUGAUUAGUGAAGCAUGGAUUUAGUGUGGGCAUGCCUGCCUGUGUAGUUUGUUGAAAUUUAGCUUCAGGUGAGGUAUCCUGUCCUCUUCUGCUACUGUAUAUUUCAUAAUUCAGAUUCCUGUACAAGUUUUCUCAUUUAAAUGCGCAGUGGCUAUUCUUUUUGUCA